AAUACUGCCUUCCGAUUACAAAAACAUUAGUUGUCGAUAGCUUCAGCAAGCAAAAAUUAAAUAUUUAGAUUAGAAAAUCCCAAACAAAUAAAGACAGCACUAAAAUGAAAUUCCGCUUCUGUGGCGAAGGCGAUUGUCCCGAUUGGGUCUUAGCUGAGAUCAUAUCAACACUCUCGAACUUGAGCAUUGAAAACUUGGAACAACUUAGCGAUUUAGUGGCACAACGAAUUUGUGGAGAGACAUUUGAGGAAGCGAAAAUAAAAUCGCUGACAUCUACUUUAACUAAUGAGGGUAAAACCGCCGUGGCAUGCAUCAAUUUUAUGCUGACCAGCGCAGCUCGCUAUAGCUGUAGCGAAAGCAUUUUUGGCGAGGAGAUCCAGCUACUGGGACUGCCUAAGGACCAUGCCGCAGCCAUGUGCAGAGUCCUCCAAAAGCAUUCCGCCGCCAUACGGCAAACACUUAUAAACAAAUCUUUUAGGAUUAACGAACUGGCAAGCGUCCGAGACAUAUCUACGCCCGGGCAAACGCCUCCAAACUAUGCCACCUUGGAACUUAAGAUCUCGCAAGAACUGGUCGAUGGCCUACCAAAGGAUACCACCCAUGUUCUUAACAUUGAUCGCGCCCAAAUGAAGGCUCUGCUGGCGGAGCUGAAAUUGGCACGUGAUGUUAUGCAAAAAAAUGAAAAUAAACCAGAUUCCUAAAACUAUUAUUAAUGCUAAACAUUUUGUGCAUUUUUGUUACAAAAUAUUAUAUAUCUCGUUGCUGACAAAUACAAAUAUGUUUCAAACACUAUCUUAACAAUA